AUGAGAACCUCUACAUGGCGAUUAGCUCUCUUAUUACUGUAUUUCGUCACAAUUACUCUAGCAAGACAGAUCUUCCAGCACGCCGAGUGGAAUCGAGCACCAGGAAACGCUGGCGUGCGAAUACGAUUAACGAAAAAAGGUAUCAAUCACGUGAAGACAGUCGGCGUUCGUCUGCUGAACGAACAAAUCUCGCAACUUUCUGGCUAUUCGACGCAGUUUACAAUCUCUCAACCGGGAAUCGAAGGAUUUGUGAAUCUGAACAAUGUCAGAGUCCUACAGUUCAACCCACCGCAGGUUUCCGUGGUAAACUUCCUUCCACCUCGUUAUGUUGUCUUCGGCUUAGAGAAUAUGGAUAUCUGGCUGAAUGGAGCGUUUUACGGGAACGGUGGACCUUUCCAAGUCGAAGGAUUCGUUGAUGGAAGCAUUAUUGGCAUGACCGUGGCCCUAACUGCAGAAUUUGCGAGCACCGAUGAAGGUCUGAUGAGUGUUCAGGUUCCAAAUUGCUCUACAAUAAUAAGCAGAAGCCACUUCAAUAUCAAUCCUCAAGGACCUAUGGGUCCUUUAGUGAAAACUCUAGAGGACAAUUCACCGCGAUUAUUCAAGAAACUGGUGAAGACUGAAUUCGAAGAACAUUUCCAAGAAUUUGGAUUAAUCGACAGUCCUGUGAUCAAGAAAUUUGUCAAAGAUUUUGUGCGCGGAAUGUACAUAGACAAUAGGCACAUCGCCGAUCCCAUAGUCACGAACGAAUUUAUUGAAACUCAACAAAGAGGAGAAAUUCGAUACAAUAGCAAUAACGAGCCAACACCAUUCUAUCCAAAGCCCAUGUACACCGACGAGGAGUCCGACCGAAUGCUCUAUUUCUAUGGGUCUGAUUUCUUAUUCAAUUCGCUUCUAUACCAUGCCUACCAAACAAACAAACUUUCAAUUAAGCUCGACAAGAACAAUCUCUCACCAAAGUACAGAGGUUUUAUCGCCACCACCUGUGGUGGAAGUGCAACCAGCCGCGACUUUACGUCUUCGAUAUGCGUUGGCAAGCUAAUUCCACCUAUAGCUGAGGCUUAUCCAAAUACCACAACGUCGUUUGUGCUUUUACCUCACGGUCUUCCCGAUUUUCAGUUCAAUGGUGAUGCUGGAGCUAUUAGGUUAUCAACUCGAAUCCUAACAUAUGUCGAUGACAAUGGUCACGACAGACAGAUCAUGGUUUCAUCGGCCGAAGGUCAAGCUGAUGUUCUGCUGGCAGCUCAGAAUGGACGAUUGGGAGGUGAUCUCAAACUGAACAGGUUGUCCGUUCGUCUUCACCGCUCCGCAAUUCCUGGUAUGGAUCCCUCAUCUAUAGAGCAACUAACACCACUGGCGAAAACUUUUAUUGGACCUCAGCUCAGUCAAGCUUUGAAGAAAGGAGUGCCGUUUCCUUUGAAGGACUCCAUUACAUUUGUCGAACCACAACUAAAAACUCGCGACGGUUAUAUUGAACUGGCGACGGAUUUCGUUUUGAACGAGAAUGCGUUGAGGAGAAAAAUUAGGGAAACGUUUGCUGAUAUUCAUAUAUAAUAAUAGGAUUACAUCGAUGUAUAGAGUGUUAUUUAUUCAUAAAUAUGUGUUUGUCAUGGACUGCGUGUUCUAGUG